AUGCUUGUAGGUCAAGUAAAAGGUCAUUCAACCAAAGCAGAAGAGAAGAUUCCUGCCAGCCUCAGAGUUAGGACAAGCUGGAAGGUGGCUGCUACAAAGAACAAAGCUAGAGGCAGCCAAGGACAGUUUCCACUUACACAGAACGUCACGGUUGUUGAAGGGGGAACGGCAAAUUUGACCUGCAGGGUCGAUCAAAAUGAUAACACCUCCCUCCAGUGGUCAAAUCCAGCUCAACAGACACUGUACUUCGAUGACAAGAAAGCUCUGAGGGACAACAGAAUUGAGCUGGUCCGAGCUUCGUGGCACGAGCUGAGUAUCAGUGUCAGCGACGUGUCCCUGUCAGAUGAAGGGCAGUACACCUGCUCUUUGUUCACCAUGCCUGUCAAAACUUCCAAGGCUUUUCUUACCGUUCUCGGUGUUCCUGAGAAGCCACAAAUUACUGGAUUUACCUCACCAGUUAUGGAGGGAGAGAGGAUGCAGCUCACUUGCAAGACAUCUGGUAGUAAACCAGCAGCUGAUAUCAGAUGGUUCAAGAACGACAAAGAAGUUAAAGACGUUCAGUAUCUAAAAGAGGAAGAUGCAAACCGCAAAACGUUCACAGUCAGCAGCACGCUGGAUUUCUUAGCGGAUCGCAGUGAUGAUGGGGCAGUUGUAAGUUGCAGAGUAGAUCACGAGUCCCUAAACUCGACACCUCAGAUAGCAAUGCAGGUUCUAGAAAUACACUAUACACCUUUAGUUAAAAUCAUUUCUUCCAAUUCAUGGCCUGAAGAAGGACAAACUAUAAUUUUGACUUGUGAAUCCAAAGGAAAACCAGUGCCAGAACCAGUACUGUGGACAAAGGACGGUGGAGAACUGCCAGAUCCAGAGAGAAUGGUUGUCAAUGGCAGGGUUCUCAGCAUCAGUUUCCUAAACAAAACAGACAAUGGCACAUACCGAUGUGAAGCAAAAAAUCCUAUUGGCCGAAACAGCACAGAAUAUGUCCUGAUAGUCCAUGAUGUUUUCAACACUUUGCUUCCCACUACUGUCAUCCCCUCCCUUACCACUGCAACAGUCACAACCACUGUAGCCUUAACAGCCAGCACAACCACCUCGGCAACAGCCACCAGCAUCGGAGAUCCAAACGCUCUGGCUGGACAGACCGGACCUGACCACGCUCUUAUAGGAGGAAUAGUGGCUGUAGUUGUCUUUGUAACACUAUGUUCUAUAAUUCUCCUUGGUCGAUACCUGGCAAGACAUAAAGGAACAUAUUUAACAAAUGAAGCAAAAGGAGCUGAAGAUGCACCUGAUGCCGACACAGCCAUUAUCAAUGCAGAAGGCAGCCAAGUCAAUGCAGAGGAGAAAAAAGAGUAUUUCAUUUAGAUGCAGAGCUAGAAUCUUGGAGUUUUACUUAUCAGGCUGACUGCUGGAGAAAACUGGCUAUCAUUUCUCAGAAUUCCUUUCUGCCAUCUUCUGCUAUCUUUAUUAACUCGCAUACCUGCUAUAAGUAGCCAGUUUAUGCCAACAAUCAGCUGUUGACAUCAUCAUUCUAUAAUUACAGUAUCAUGCGUAAAACAGGACAUUUCUUAUUGCCUAAAAAUCAUAUCCACUGCUCUCUUAACAUACAGUGCUUGAAUAUACAGCCUUAACAAUGUUAAUCAUCAUCUUAAUCCAAGUUUUCUACAUUUUUAAAUGUUACGCAGCUUUCUUUUUCGGUUUUCUUUUAUCAUGUCCCUACUAGUAUGUCAUAGAACAAAAUUCAUAACGAAUGCUAUUAGGUAAGGUCCUAAUUUACUUACAGAAAAUGUUAAGUCUAAGAUUAGAGGUUUACAAAGAAUGUUUUAUACAUGUCUAUCUAUAAUUCGAAAAGCAACUUGUUUUUGGAACAUUUGCCCUUGGAAACACAGAUUGAAAUCUGUUUAGUAUAGUUUCCUUUAUGUUUGGAUUCGGUGGAAAAAACAGAUCAGUCCAGUGAAUUUUUUGUUUUGUUUUGCUUUUUUUUGUUAUGAUUUAAGUGGUACCUUGAUAACAAUGCCAUGUUUCAGUGGUGAAAACAUGCUGAAUAGCUAUACAGAUUCUGCAAAGUUAGAUAAUAGUGCUUUAUUUGAAACAAUUUGUCCUACCCUUUUACUGGCUUUUGGAAUCACGAAGAUUAGAGAAUUUUCUGAGUAAUUUAUGUUUUUAUAAUUUAUUUGCUAAACAUGAACUCACCUGCCUACUCAAAUUUGAAGUGUUCAUGGGACACAACUGCAAGGCAUUUUAGUAUCUGUAUAUAGUGCAUAUAAUAAAUUCAAUUAAACAUUAUUUGAUACAUAUUCAACUUUUUUUGGCAGUAGCUGUCAGUCACAAGUAAGCAUUUUCUAAUGUCCAUUAUAUCCCUUUAGAUAUGACUCAAAUCAAUAUUCUGAGUAGAUAACAUGUGUUAGUAUUUUUUUUGUCUGUAUGUCCUAGCACUGUUCAGCAGCAAACUUUUCUAGUUCUUGUUAAUUUUUUCUUUGUUAUACAAUGGAAGCACAAUGUUAUAUGGAAAGGUAGUUUUAAGCUAACAACCAGUGCACAGCCUCAGGUUUUAAAUUACAACCACAUUUGAUUACUAUCCUUAAAAAAUACUAUUGAGUUGCUAAAAUUCUCAAUUUUUAAUUUGGCAGUUCCAGAGCUGCUUCUCUAUGUUGGUUUGCCAAAAAAAAAAAAAAAAAAAAUUAAAAAAAAAAAAAGGGAAAAAAAAAAGAAAAAUAGAAGUGUUAAAACAAAAGAUAUAUGUUUUGUGUAUACAGUAAAUGGACUAAUUCUUUAUAUUAAAUUCCUGUCUAUGCAUUUUGUGAGGUACAAACUUAUGUCACCGUGAAUGAUAGAGAAUUCCUGCCAUGCUUUUAGCUCCACAGUGAAAGUCUCUGUUUGGAUUAUUUCUGAAAUUUUUUUGUGUAAUUGACAGCUGAAAAAUCACAUGCUCUUAAAUAUGACAACAAAACACUGUAAGCCCAUUGGCUUAUUUCCUCUUCCAAUGAAAUGAAAAGGUUGCCAUAACAGCUCUUGGGAACGAUUCUACACUGGAGAACGUGAGUUAGCCUAGUUGGAGCUUGUUUUGCUCCUACCUUCUGCACCUUUGUCGAAAGAGUAUUUCUCUCUGGUUGCUGUAAUUUUGUGAAGCAUAAAAGCAUGAUGGUCUGCUGUAAAGGACUUUCUCCUGGGAUUUUAUUUUUGUGUGGGGAAGGGAGAGUUUGAAGUACGACAUCAUGUAGUAUGGUAAAAUGGAAGAUAAAGGUGCUGUGUCAGAUUAUUUAUCAGAAGAAUAUAAACCUUUUAAGGACAAUAUUAGAGUAUUUUAAUUGUUUUUGUUGAAGCAUUUAUCUUGUUAAUUUCUAAGAAAAAAAGGUGACGUCAAUCAAAGCAGCACUUUUUUUCAAAAUAUACAGACAUAAAUAAUAUGAUGUGGUUGAGUGUUAACAUAAUAAAUCAUAUACAGUAUGACAUUUUAAAGAAA